AUGGAUACCCCCAUAGACACGGUGACACUCCUGAACGAGCCGCGGCUUCUUCAGACAUGUGUCAUACAUGAUCUAAGGUUUCAGAAAGCCCGGUACCAUGGAUUGAGAGAUUUAACAGAUAUCAACGUCCAACAAGCGCUUAUCACCAAAGACUUACUUUUCACAUUAUUGGGCCAUGAGGGCCAGUUCAUUCGCCUAAGUGACAAGUACAGCGCCAGAGACUUGGAAGUGAGUAUCGGUGGGCCCGAGUUCAAGAUCGCAAAGAACUUGGACAUUCUGUUAAAGCUCGUCACCAAAAAGAUCAUUAAAUUUGGCCGCUACUACUGCUCGAUCAACAACUUCUUGGAACACUACGACAACGAGCUGUUUGGAAAAGCGGUACAGAACCUUUGCCAUGCGAUUGUGGCAUUUAAGGAUAAGUACGAGAAGGUGGUGAUAGAGCUUGAGAAUCUGUUUAAGUAUGAUGCGAGCUUUAACUUGAAUUGGUUUGACAACAUCUUGAACAAGCAGAUCUCGAGUGAGAUGGGCCAUUUCUAUGAGAUCGUAAACAUGAUACACAACGAGACAUUGAAGAGACAACGAGAGUACUUCCACAAUCGAGAUAAGUACUUGGAUGAAUAUGCUCAGACGCAGAUAGGAGACGACUUCCACAACCCUGGGUCUGUCGACUUAUUUGUGGAUCCAAUAAAGUUCAAUGUGUGCAAAGGAGGAUUAGUGUUACAGGCAAUCCAGCAGAGAAUCAGGGCUUUCAAGGGAGAUGUGGUGUCCACGACGUUUCUCACGAAGCUUUUCGAGGAGGUGAGUAAAGACUACUUGAACUCGUUGAAUGAGUGGUUGGUUAACGGAAUAAUAGAUGAUCCGUUCAAAGAGUUCUUGAUCAAGCAGACGUCUUUCCAGAGCUUUUUGAAGCCACUGAUGCAGAUCUAUUGGGACGAAAUCUUCAAGUUCAGGUACGAUGGGUUGAUUGACCAACUUCAAAGUAAGGAUAUCCAGAAUAAAAUCCUUUUGACAGGGAAGUACUUGAACAUAUUCAAGCAUUGUACUGGCCUCGAGAACUUCGAAAGCUUCAAUGAAAAUCUCAUGCCCAUAAAGAGUAUCUUCAGUCAGGACUUUGAGUUGAAGGUCGACAACUUCUAUAAACGAGCCAAUAAAUUGUUGAUGAAGUUAAUUUUCGAAGGAUACAAUUUCAACUUUGUAGUGGAAUACUACCUGAAGCAAUUUCUACUUGAUAACUCCAGUGGGGUUGACAACUUUAUUGAGGCCAACUUGAACGACUUGCAGAGAAAUAAGUUCAAGAUCUCGAUUUCCAAGCUCAUAAAGAGCUUUAAUAAUACCCUUCUCAGUGAUGAAAAUAAUGACCUUUCCCCCUUGAACAAGAGUUUGAACAGCAAACUCGAGUUUUCCAUCAAUUCCCUUAGUUUUUAUGAUUUAGCCAAAGAGGUGUUAGCAGUGGAGCCUAUAAAUGCAGAGGAUGCUAUCAGAGAUAUAAACCGAGGCGAAACAUUUGAAGAAAUUGUCCACAAGAACCUAGACAACAAACGUCAGAAUAUUGCCAGUGCUGGUUCCAACAUUAGUCCCGAAUCCACCGGGAACUUCAGAUAUGACCCACAGAACGCUGACCAACUCACGAUUUUGGGAGUCAAUCUUAGCAUGGACUUACAGUUCCCCUUGAACUUGGUAAUCAACUAUAACUUUAACCUCCAGUACCAGCUUGUGUUCAACAACCAGCUUUUCCUCAAGUUUAUCAACAAGCUAAUCGAUAACACAUGGAAAGAAGUGUCGUUAUCGCAUGUGUGGAACUUUCCCGGCUUUGACAGAAAGAUCUCAAAGUGGAUUCUCCGUAGCAGAGUAUUGCUUAAUCGGAUGAGAGACUUUGUCAACGAGCUUCACUACUACAUUUCGUUAGAAGUCAUUGACAAGAACCACAAGGAAUUGAAGAGCCAUCUCGAGAGUGUGGCUCAUCAGUUGAAGGAAGAGCCGUUGGAGUCAAGUUUCAGUGAGGCGGAUGCUUCUGGGUUCAAUGGUAACUCGUCGUUCGUCAAGGGAAUGACCAAUAGUUACCAUGAACUUUUCAACAGUAAGGCCAACAACACAAAUGCCAGUCCAGUAGACAUCAUUGACUUGAACAACUUGUCCAGUAAGAUGGCAACGAUUCUCAACAACAUUUUGAGAGACACUUUCUUGGUGCAUGAGAAGGUGAUGAACGAACUCCAGGAAUUGUUGGUGUUGAUAGUGCUGUACAACCAGUUUCUUAACAAGUUGAAGCUGUCGUUGAUCAUGAUGAACGAUGAGCUUUUCUUCCAAUACAAAGAAGCGUACCCUGUUUAUAUGGAAGAUAAGGAGAUCAACUCGAACCUGGUAGAGACGAUAUAUGGCAACCUCAACGACGAGUUGAUCAAAUACUUUGAGGGCUUCAACAACCUGCUAACAAGGUUUAUGUCUUCGAUCAACUCGAAUCUCGACAAUUCGAGUCAGCAGUUCUUAAACCUUUUCCAAUCGUUGGAGAACUGCUUCCCGGAUCAGUAG